UUUGUUCAGGCAGUUUGUGGAGUCAGAGAAAGCUGAGGGGAGGCGCUGACAUCACUGGGGCGGGGCUGCAACACCAAAUUAAAGUCCGCGCGGCUCAGGCGGCAGCAGCUGCCGGCACUGCCUAACCAUGGGAGGCCACAACCACACUGAACUCCAGGUCGUCUGCAGCUCCGGGCAGCUGUUCCUGCAGCCCCUCUGGGACCGCCUGAGGACCCGGGAGGCCCUCACGCAGUCGCCCUUCUUCCCGAUUAUCUUCGCCAUCACCACCUACGUGGGCUUCUGCCUGCCCUUUGUGGUGCUGGACAUCCUCUGCCCUUGGGUGCCCACGCUCCGACGCUACAAGAUCCACCCGGACUUCUCGCCCACCGCGCAGCAGCUGUUGCUCUGCUUGGGGCAGACACUCUACCAGCACGUGGUGUUCGUGUUCCCUUUCACAAUGGUGCACUGGGCUUGCCGCCCGCCUGUCCUGCCCAGCCAAGCCCCGGAGCUGCUCCAGCUGGUGCGCGAUGUCGCAUUCUGCUUGCUGCUUUUCGACGCCGAGUUCUUUGUUUGGCACGUGCUGCACCACAAGGUCCCGUGGCUGUAUCGCACCUUCCACAAGAUCCACCACCAGAACGCGUCUUCCUUUGCGCUGGCCACCCAGUAUGUGAGCUUCUGGGAGCUGUUUUCCUUGGGCUUCUUUGACCUGGUGAAUGUCACUCUGCUUGAGUGCCACCCGCUCACCGUCCUGGUCUUCCACGUGGUCAACAUCUGGCUGUCGGUGGAGGACCACUCGGGCUAUGACUUCCCCUGGUCUACACACAGGCUGGUUCCUUUCGGCUGGUACGGGGGCGUGGUUCACCACGACCUGCAUCACUCUCGAUUUAACUGCAACUUUGCACCUUACUUCACACACUGGGACAAAGUACUAGGAACUCUGCAGUCUGCUCAAGCCAAGUGACUGUGUCCCUUCCACGUGGGGGGGAGUGACUGCUGAGGGUGUCCUCAGUGCCAGGACUGCUGUGCCUUCCACACUUGAGUCAGGAGAAACACACCUGAGCUUUUUUUUUUUUUUUGUAAGUAACUUAUUACUUGAUAUAAAUUUGUAUACAAAGUAUGAUGUAUUUUUGCAAUCUAAUAACUUAUAUUUUUGUGUAUCAAUUGCUGUAUCCUUGGUGUUGAAUUCUAGCUCACUUCAAUCACUUUGAUUCUUAGACAUAAGUUAGACAUUCAUCACUGGCAUAUUUAAAUUAUCUUGGAAAAGGUCCUUGUUGAACAAGGAAUUCCCGAUGUUUAAAAGUGUCCUAAAACUAAAGAAUGUAUUUUUUUUUUUUAUGGAGAAUGUGAUCUAUAAGAAUGGAGCAUGAACCUGCUGGACAGUAACCAAGAUUAUUGUGUGUGUGUGUGUGUGUGUGUGUGUGUUUGGAACUGUCUAUUUAUAUUGAA